GGUGGUCUUCGGCAGGCGACCCACCAAAUUUAUUUUCAAAUUUUAAGCAUUCGUCAAUUUCUAAGUUUCACAUUGUUAUGAUUUCAACAAAUGUCAAAUAAAAGAGUAAUACUCGCAAGCUUCUUCACCAAGUUCCUUUCCUUAUUUGUGUUAAUGAAUAUUCGUUUGAAUGUAUGAAGACACUUUUUGACUGCAGUUAGUUGGUCAAUAUUUGCUUUUCUUACCUCCGAAACUACCAUUUAUCUUAUUCUGGUCUCUGAAUACCUUAAACACAAUGACUUAGCGUAUCGUUUUCAUAAAGUUAGUUACUCAACUUUUGCGGCCAUCAUCUCUAGAAUUACAUUUUCAUUUUUUUUAAUUUUAGAGGAACAUUUUGUUAGUUCGCCCUCUACAUCUUUUAUAAAUGACAAUCCGGAAGAGCUCAAUAGCCCCGCUCUAAAACGUGAAUUUCUAUAUACCGAAUUAGUGAAAAGAGAGCGAGGUCGCCCUGUAUAGGAGUAUAUCAGUGCUACUACACGCCUCCACCCGACACUCGAUGCUGACCAUCGCACCAAAACAGGUUAGGAUGAUGUUCCUCCCGAUCAUUGCGUUGCUCUCAACCCCAGCGGCGUCCGACAGGGUGAUUUAUCCCGACGAAUACCUGACGAAGUUCUCGAAGAAAGCCGACAACACAACACGUCAUCUCGCUGGUAUACAGGCUACGACUCUCAUCCCCCACAGGGGGCUGGAGGAGACUAUCAUACCCCACAGGGGGCUGGAGGAGACUAUCAUCCCCCACAGAGGGCUGGAGGAAACUAUCAUCCCCCACAGGGGGCUGGAGGAGACUAUCAUCCCCCACAGGGGGCUGGAGGAGACUAUCAUCCCCCACAGGGGGCUGGAGGAGACUAUCAUCCCCCACAGAGGGCUGGAGGAAGAUGGCGACCCACACAUCAGCAUCGCUGACAGAAUCGUGGCUCCUGUCUCCACUUUACCAGGUAGUGUUCAUCCAAGUACGCUGGUACUUCUGGCAGAUCGCCCUUCCGAUUCUGCUAAUCCUCUGAACAUAAACAUCGGUAGUAAUCCAUUCUCCAACAUAGGUGGAAGUCCUUCACUACCGCUUGGCAACGAUGACAAUUCUAGCCAGGAUGCAAAUGUCCGUCCUAGUCAACCCCUGAGUACUGGUGCCCAUGCUGGUCCACCUCUGAGUGCCGGCGUCCAUCUUGGUCCACCCUUGAGUACCAGCGUCCAUUUUGGUCCACCACUAAGCACUGGUGUCCAUACUAGUCCACUGCCGGAUACUGGUGUCCAUCUUGGAUCACCACUGAUUCACGAUGGCGACGCUCCGUUACCAGGAUUCGGGCCAACUUUCGGUGCACUGAGUCCGGCUAAGCCCACCCCAUGCGUGCUCCCAUGUCGCAUCUCUUCAGUCGAGUCCUCUUGUUGCGGCACGAAAAGGCAGAACCCAAGCUACGUGUAUACCAAGCCUGGCCUCUGCCCUCCAGUGAGGGUCGGGUGUCCAAACGUUCGGAUGGUCGAUACGCCUUCCUGGUGCUUGUAUGACGCGGCAUGCGACGGGGUGGACAAAUGUUGCUACGACUCCUGCUUACAGAGACAGACGUGCAAGCCCCCGCUUGGAGUGGGGCGAUGAAUUCUGUAUAUAAUAUAUUUAUUCCUAUUAAUAUUCUCUAGACCAUGGAGAGAGACAAAGAUGCGCUAUAUAGGGAAUAGUUAUUUGUGGUCACAUCGUACAGGGUUUAUUGCCAUUGUUAAACGAGUGCCAGUUUUAUGUAGAUAGCAAUCAUGGAAAACUUGAAGUAUCUUCAGAAAAGCGGUCAGGUAACAAUGAACGAAAACAAAUACUUAUUUUUCGUUUUUAGGUUCUCUUUAUUUAUUUAUUUAACUUAACUUCAUAAUGCAAGCUCGAAUAUCCUGGAUAUUAAUGAACCAUAACGGUUACUAAUGCGCUAAAUGUGUUUAUAUUUUAAUGCCUUUUAUAAAUUCAUGCUGAUUUUUCAAUAAAGAAUCCGUUUCAACCUUCGACUG